AUGGAGGUUUCUAAACAGCAGCGUAUGCAAACAAUUGAUGCUCUUCUCAAUGGGUAUAGCAGCCUCUCAGUUGCGAAGCUUCUCGAGCCGCUUGCACCCGACUUCCACCAUCAGGUCUUCCCAGAGAGUUUAGGCAUGCCGAUCCGCAACAAAGAUUCUUUUGCAGAGCACGCAGCGGGGAUUUUUGACACGUUUGAAGAGUUCAGAAUGACCCCAAGGACUAUCAUCGACGAUGCCACCGCGGGUCUCAUCGCAAUCGACGCGGAGAUGCUCGGCACCUUGAAAGGGAGCAAACAGGAAUGGAAUAAUGAGUGCAUCAUGAUAGUUCGUCUGACAGAAGAUGACUGUCAGGUUCUCGAGGUCCGAGAGUUCGUUGACAGCGCAAAGGCGGUGGAAAUGGCACAGACACAUGCGCCCAAGGACUUUGGCACCAAGACCAGUGGCAACUUGAAUAUCGAGGAGCAAGGCCUCUUUGACCUAGUCUCAUUGAUUUACGUCGGCACAGCGGUAAUUGCUUGCUUCAGUCUAUACCGAAUGUUGUAUAAGUGA